AUGGCCAUAUCUGUGCUUCAGAGUGUGCAGCUAAACCUUAAGAUACACUAGACAGGCAUUCAAAAGAACCUUAUGGGUGAGGCUUCCCAGUGUACCUUCAGCACUGCCAACAGCUCUAGCAGGAACAAUAUCAAUGAGGAUUUUUCGGUGAACGUUUUUUCCGUGAACUCCUAUCCGCCAAGCAGAGCCGACUUCGAAGGCUGUGAUGCAGACAAAGCCAGAGCGACGCUGCUCUGUUCUGGAGUUUUCUUGGUAUUGGUUGGAACAACGUUUACAAUAAUGGGAUGGAUAAAUUACGACGGAAGUAAGAUUUUCGAAUGGACACAGCUGCUCGGCCCCGCUCUUCUGUGUAUCGGGCUAACCUUUAUAUUAAUCGGUCUCUGCAAAAUUAAGAAUUUCCAUUGCAAGUUUUGGAAAGUUAAUGAAGAACAAGCAGUAGCUGAUCAAAUACCCCCCAGGCAGUCUUUUGUUUUUACCGGAAUCAACCAACCCAUUAUGUUUCAUGGCGCAACAGUGGUCCAAUAUAUUCCACCACCGUGCGGAAUUGUGACCAAUGACCGUAUCACGGCGAAUAAUAAUCAGUCCAGUGGGUUCGAGUUACACAGAGUCCCAACAACGUCACAGCCACCACAAUACUACACAAUAUACCCUCUGGAUAAUCCUAUGUUUUCUGAAGAUGAUCACUGCACACAAAGUCUUGGUGCGGACGACAGUGAUAUCAGGGACUACGGCUCUGAUGAACGGCCAGACUGGAAGAUGACUGCUGAUGAGAUGCCAAACUGUUCUGCACCACCGGCAUACGAAGACAUCUUUCACAACAGCCCAUUGGACAGUAUUACCGGAAGACACAGUUGUAGACGUUCUUAAAUUUGGAAAUGUUCUACCACAGAAUUAUAUGCAAGGCCACUAUCAAGUUUAAUUACUAUAAUAGAGAAGUAAAAUAUUUAGAUUGGUAAUAAUAUAGAGGAGAGCUUUGUGUACAUUUAACAGGUGCAGAAGAGACAAAAUUUAAAUAACCUUGUUAAGAUGUUAUAUAUACAUCAAAUCAAUAUGUAUAUAAUUUUUUUGUAAUAACCUGAGGGGACGAUAUAACGCUGUCCAGGGUGCUGGAGAGGUGUUGGCCUCCUCAUAUACCACUAAACACCAACGUCCUUCAUGACAGUGAUUCCUGAUUCAUUUAUAAAAAGAGUGAUUUGAUUUAGAGAAAUGAUAGAGUUGACUUCUUCAACUACCUCUGUUAGUGUAGAAUGGGAUGCCUCCUUUGUAUGACCCAGGCUGACAAUGUUCACUGUGAAUGUAUUGUUAAGGAGGACUGAAUUAUAAAGUCAUAUAAUACUGACCAAAUGCAUUAUAAAAGGAUGGAGAACAAAAAUGUCUACUAUGGUCUUAAUAUACAGACAUAAUGUCUAAUAUGUUCAUAGAUAUGUAAACUUGAUUUACAGUACAGUAGCCAAGUGAAAAAAAGAAUUUGAGCAUUUUAUUGACUUGACAAAUAUUGCAUUUUCAUAACAUACAGCCUCACCAGUAGGCUACGAGUUUCAGUAGGAUAAAUAAAAUGUGCAAAAUGAAAAUCUUUACAUUUUUAGAUGUUCUGUAUACACUGUAUAUUCAUUUAUUUCUCUACCUAAUUGUUUAGCUGAUUUGAAAUUUCUCAAAGUGUGACUUAAGCACUCUUUCUGCAUUUAAUACAUUGUUCGAACGUAGACUUAUGUGUCUGCUUUUGUGCUGAAAGCCACGAAAAGGGAGGUACAACACAACACAGGGAGUAUUGCACGUCACGUCUGGCUACCAAAGCAACUUCAUGAACUUGUCCAUGUAACCAAACCAAGGAAAGUUACAGGUCGUUGUAGCAUCCAUGGAUCUCAGGAGAAUGCAAUUUCUGAGAAAAAUGUGUCACACAUUUUAAAGUACAGAUAUCUGUAACUUAUGGGUCCUAAUGUGAUUGUUUUAAAUAAAAGAUGAAUAACUCA